CCUUAGAUGUUCGGAUUAUGUCUUCUAUGGAUCAAUUUGAAAGCCGCUUUGACUUCCGAACGAGAGGAAUGAUAGAAAAAAAAAAGAAGAAUUACUCGAUUGGUGAAACAAAAGUUAGACAAAAAAAAAGAAGCAAUGACGAUAGAAAAAAGUGGGUAUCGGCCAGGCCCAAGAAAUUCGCGCAGUGCGCAUCGGCGUGGUCGGAUUGUUCAGCGUCCAAAUCUCUUAUUGUCAUGAAAACAUUUUCUUUCUGCAGGUAUUGUGAUUGAAACUUCCUGCGAUGAAAUACACAGUGUCAGCAUUUCUACGGCGAGUGCAGCUUUGCGGUGGUUCAGGAUUUGUUUUAUUUUCUUGUUUUACUGUUUUCCUUUUUCCAUCCAUUAUGAGUGAUUUUGAUGGGAUGGUGUGGUUUUAUCUGGCGUCCAAUCAUAGACUUGGGCAUGUGUUUCUAUGCGAAUGUGCUUUUUUUCUUCUCUACUUUCACUUUGUCAUCGUUCAUGUGGAACGAGAUCAAAAGAGUUUGAGUGGAAGGCUUCUGUCGAUGCAUCACCCUGAUUUGCAUGGUCCAUUGUCGCGGAUUUUCUUUCCAGUUGCAUCAAGAAAAAGAGUGUGCUUGGCCUAUGUCUGCAUAAUCAUCACGGCCGUUUUUCAAUCUUUCAUGUCAGCUCCCCCAGUCCACCCUGUAUGUAGAGCCGAUGUGUCCCUUGAUAGGGUAUGCACGUUCGGACUGGGGCUGCCAAGGUGUUUCCAUACACGUCGCUCAUACAAAGUCAUCUUUGAAUGCUUUUCUAUCCUCGUGUGUUUGUCAGGUCUGUUGCGUAUGGCCUGUUUGUUUUCUCUCUCUUUCCCCCAUUCUCUGUGACUUACAUUGUCAUCUGGGUGUGGCCGGGGUUGCCUAUGGAAUCCGACUGCUGCCGAAGGAAGGCCAGCUAGCUGUGUUGGCGCUUCCUGAGGCCUGGUUCGGUUGAAUUGCCUGGAUGCAUAUUCCUGGCCAACCCCUG